UCAGAAUCAAUUUUUCAUCCGAUGUGGGACUAUUGGGGCUUUACAAUAGGUCUUUUCCUUCUCCACUACAUUAUGAUAGUUCAAAUAUGAGUUACAAAUGCAGGUAAAAGGCGUAAAAAGCAGUGAAACACCAAGCCACCACCCAUCAAAUGGGCUUGAAAACUUGUAUCCAAUCAGAGUUCCACUAAGAUGCAAGAUGCUGAAUUUGUGAGGCCAUUCGAUUAAAAGCUGCGGCAAGGGCUGAACAUGGCUGCAGCAAUGUCUUUGUGCACUUUUAAACUCUAUUUGAGAAAGCAAAUCUGUGCACAAUAUCUUGGAUUGAGGCCAGUUGUUCAGCCUGGUUCCCGUAAACCAAAACGAUCUCAUCUUUGUCGGCAAUCAGGCGUAUCGAUUCGUAGGUUGGUUGUGUUGGCUAUUACCGAAGAUUCCACAAAAUCAAGUGAAUCGGAUGAACGUAUACCGUCCUGGGCCAGACCCGAUUCUGAUGAACCUCCUCCUUGGGCUCGUGAUGAAGGCAACGAGAAUUCUCAAUCAGCGAUAACAAUUCCUUAUUUCGCUUAUUUGCUUGCAUCAGCUGUGACAGCGAUAGCGGCGAUAGGUUCAAUAUUCGAGUACGCAAAUCAGAAACCUGUUUUUGGAGUCCUAAACUCCGACAGUGUGUUUUAUGCGCCGUUGCUUGGAUUCUUUGUUUUUACCGGAAUACCCACAUCUGCCUUUCUGUGGUUUAAAUCCGUCCAAGCCGCAAAUAAAGAAGCGGAAGAGCAAGACCGUAGAGAUGGCUAUCUAUAGCAUGUAAAUACUCGCAGCUGUUGUUUCUAUUGAUUUGUUAACUUCUGUGCUUUUCCCGGUAUAUUGAGUUUCUGUUGUAUGUUUGAAUCAUUUUCUUAGCAUAGUUCUCGAAAAACCGAUAUAUAGAGAAAGCUUCUUUUAAGUUUCUAUUACGUUUGAGCGAUGUCGAAUGCUUAUACUAGUAAUUAGCCGAUUAAGACUAGAAUGUUGCUCGAGGUAGUUUCGACUUUUAGCAAGAAUUGGUCUCUUUGUUACAGGGAAAGUAAUAACAUCUAGGAUAAGUUAUAGCAGCAGCAAAUGUUUCUUUUUCCCCCUACUCUGCAUCAUUUUCACUUUUAAGUGUCACUGAACUUCUCUUGCAUCAUUAAUUACUGGAUACCCAUAUCUAUCUUUGUGAUCUGGGUAAUGUUAUGAAUGGUUAAUUUUACAA